AUGCCCACCUUCGACGGGCGCGGGCUCGUGCCGCCAGUGCCCUCCGAGGCCUCGGUGGUGAUGGCUCCGGUGAUGGUGUCUUCUGAUGACUCCGACGAGGAGGAGGGGCUGGACUCAGAGGCGACCCGGGAGGGGGCUGGGCAGACUUCCCCCCGCGCAAGGCCGAUCUCCUAUGCGCCUUGCCUGACGACGACGACGCUGGAGACCACCCGGCCGACGCUGUCGGCGAAGAAGAAGAGGGAGGGGGCGGCCGCGCCCUCGGGAACCCAGCAGCCUGGCAUGGCCGCACCCCCUCCGGCACAGAAGAGCGACAACAGCCCUCGCGCCUCUCCGGCCCGGUCAUUCUCGCGGGGCCUGGAGGAGCGUCCUCAGGAGGGGGCGACCUCCACAGCUGCGCCGGCUUCGGAGGCGCCCGCUCUCAGCUCGCCGGCAGAGGCCCCUCAAGCUCUGGAGCUUCCGGCUUCUUCUUCUACCGCCAUCGACUCGCAGAUCUUGGCGACGAUGCUGCCUCCUUCCUUCAUCACACCGCCAGCUCGUGACCCUUCUACUUCGCCCGAUGCUCUAGAGAAGGCUCUUUCUGCGCUGACCCGGCUACGGGAUGAUCUUCAAGGCGCUGACCGUCGCCUGGUGGCGGGGCGCCUGGAGCUGAUCUCGGGUUGGAUACACUCCGACGCGUCUGUCAGGGCGGCGUUGGGCCAGGCCGUGGCAGCUUCCGAGGAGGACAAGCGGGCCGCCGACCAAGCCGCGGCUGCCCACAAGGUGGCGCUGAAGGAUGCCGAGGCCGCCAAGGAGCGUUGUCGGUCGAUGGAGGCCGAGCUGGAGACCAUGCACAAUGAGCGCCCGACCGAGGCUCGCGACCGCAAAGUGGAGGAGGAGAAGAUGAAGGCCCGGGAAGACGCAGUCAAUGGUCGUGACACCAAGCUGGAGCAGUCGACGAGGGCGCAGGCCGCAGAAUGUAGCUGCCUGGAGAAGCUGGAGAAGAAGGUGGAGGCGAAGAGGGCCCAACUGGAAGCCAAGGCGAGGGUUCUUGCCGAGGAUCGUGCGGCCUUCAAGUCUCUUGAGGAGAGGGCCCGUGUAGCACUGUGGGGGCUCUAUGAGAAGGGCUUGAAGAAGCUGCUAGCGACCAAUGACGAAGGCCCCGCCCAGCUGCUCCCUCAUCUCAUCGCGGCACUCAAGGAUGUCGUCGACAGGAUCGGCCUCAUGGUGGAGGGGGAAGCCCGUGCGCUCUCCUCAUCUGCCCUGACGCACGUCUUCAGCCACCUCCAUCUUCAUAACCCUAAUGCUGACCUUGGCGAGCUGCUCGAGCCCGUGGAAGAAGGGUGCUGCACAGCCGCUGCCGAAGCCGUGAAGGGCCAGGUGGAGGCCCUGUUGAAGAAGUUCCUCGCCAUCGAACCUACGCCCCCGGCUGUCGGUGCCGCCGACCCCGCGACCAAGGCCAGUGACACGUCUGACGGCGAUGCUGCUGAGGGGAAGGCGCUCCCUGAUGACGGCGCCCAAGGCUGA